AUGUUUUCGUUAACGGGCAAACCGCUGCUCUAUUUUACGUCAGUGUUCGUCUCUCUGGGCGUGUUCCUGUUUGGAUACGACCAGGGAGUCAUGUCCGGCAUCAUCACGGGCUUCUACUUCAAGGAGUACUUCCAUGAGCCCACCCGAGCCGAAAUCGGAACCAUGGUGUCGAUUCUUGAGGUCGGAGCGUUUGUCUCGUCGCUCAUGGUCGGCCGAAUCGGUGACAUUAUUGGCCGACGAAAAACCAUCAUGUACGGUGCCUUCAUCUUCAUCAUCGGAGGUGCCUUCCAGACAUUUGCCGUCAGCAUGUCCGAGAUGAUUUUGGGCCGAGUAGUGGCCGGUUUCGGCGUUGGUAUGCUGUCGACCAUUGUGCCAGUCUAUCAGUCUGAGAUCUCGCCUCCUCACAACCGAGGCAAGCUCGCGUGCAUCGAGUUCACGGGAAACAUUGUGGGCUAUGCCAGCUCAGUGUGGGUGGACUACUUCUGCAGUUUCAUCAAUUCCAACAUGAGCUGGCGUAUCCCACUGUUUCUGCAGUGUGCUAUGGGCGCUCUUUUGUUUGGAGGCUCGUUCCUAAUUGCCGAGACUCCUCGAUGGUUGCUGGAUAACGACCAUGACGAGGAGGGAUUGGUUGUCCUGGCCAACCUGCAUGGAGGAGGAGACAUUGACUCUCCUCUGGCUAAGCAGGAAUAUCGGGAGAUUAAGCAGUCCGUUUUGAUCCACCGGCUCGAGGGCGAGCGAUCAUAUACCGACAUGUGGAAGAAGUACAAGAAGCGAGUGCUGAUUGCCAUGUCGUCGCAGAUGUUUGCCCAGCUCAACGGUAUCAACGUCAUCUCUUACUACGCUCCUCUGGUGUUUGAAGAGGCAGGAUGGGUCGGACGGUCUGCUAUUCUCAUGACCGGUAUCAACGGUAUCGUCUACGUGUGUUCCACUAUUCCCCCGUGGUACCUCGUGGACAAAUGGGGCCGAAGACCUAUUCUUCUGUCCGGUGCAGUAAUUAUGGCUAUUUCCCUGGCGUCUGUGGCGUUCUGGAUGCGUCUAGACUUUGCACAUACACCGGCUCUGGUGGUGAUUUCCGUCGUCAUCUUCAACGCUGCUUUUGGAUACUCGUGGGGCCCCAUUCCCUGGCUCUAUCCCCCUGAGAUUAUGCCUCUUACCAUCCGAGCCAAGGGAGCUUCUCUGUCAACCGCCACCAACUGGGCCUUUAACUGGCUGGUGGGAUAUAUGACCCCCAUUCUCCAGGAGACCAUCAAGUGGCGACUGUAUUUGAUGCAUGCCGCCUUCUGUAGUCUUUCGUUUGUUCUCGUCUACUUCACCUACCCGGAGACCUCGGGAAUCAACUUGGAAGACAUGGACUCGUUGUUCGGCGACAAGUCUGUUGUGAACACCCCCGACUCGCGGUCUUUGCUUGGUGAUCGAGACACUCCAGAGCCUGACGUGCCUCACAGUUAUACUGAUGCUGCCACCGAUCGACUGCCUGCUGGUAUGCAGGGCUAUGGCUCCGCUCCCAGCUCGAGAGGAGGCAGUGUGGUCGGAAGUCCCCGACGAGGAAACAGUGUGGUUGGGUCUCCCAAGCGGGACUUCCCUCAACCUCCGGUAUAA